GUGUCUUUUAUGAUAGAAAGUCGGAUCCUUUUCUGAUAACUUAAUCGCCAACAUACUACUCCAGUAGAGGCCACCAUACACCUCCUAAAAAUAGUUGGUGAACACCAAAUUGAUUCACAGUAGGAUAUUUUGAGGUAAGACCGGCAAUCCUCAACAUCUCAAGGGUGCAACUUUGUCUUCGAGUACUUGCUCCAUCUUAAAAAAUACACUUUGGACUGUUGUAUGAUUACCGUAUUCUUUUUUCUUCCUUUAAAAAAAUUCAGCUAAACUGGGGUUAAGAUUACAUGCUAGAUAGUAUGUAACAAGACAUGUUUGGACAUAAAUUCAGAGGUACCCUAAAAUUGAACCCUCUAUACUUAAAUAUCUUAUCAGCUAAACAAUUCCAAAGGAACAGGAUAAAUGAAGAGGAAUUCAUUUCUUCUCACAAUGUGGGCAUGGUGUUUUCUUGCAUGAAUUUCCUAGGCAGACUGUUCAAGGGGAGAGGAUUUUGUUUUAUUCAUGUAUGUAAUCUUUUGGCUUAUAGUCAAAGGCAUUUAGCUUAUACAAAUAGUUAAAUGCUUUGAUAUAAAGAUGGGAUGGGAGGUGGGGAACCUUUCGCAUGCCUACUAUUUUAUUAUUUUUGUUAACUUUGAAUGUAGUAUGUUUUAAAUUGUAAUUACCACAUAUGGUUUUUUUUAUUGUUUGCAGUAUGUUUUAGGUAUUGUAGAGAUUUAACAAUGGGUCUCUCUACUUCAGCAAUUUGGAAAAAUACUCGAAUGGAAAUUGUUAAUCCCUAUGAAGUAAAACGAAAGGUGAAGGUAAAUGGUGUUAAAAUGGUUGAUGAGCCAAUGGAAGAGGGAGAAGCAGAUUCUUGCCAGGAUGAAGAUGUUAAAGAAAUCCCUAUUACUCAUCACGUUAAAGAAGGAUAUGAGAAAGCAGAUCCUGCACAGUUUGAGCUGCUCAAGGUGCUUGGUCAGGGAUCAUUUGGAAAGGUUUUUCUUGUUAGAAAGAAGACUGGUCCUGAUGCUGGGCAGCUCUAUGCAAUGAAGGUGUUAAAAAAGGCUUCUUUAAAAGUUCGAGACAGAGUUCGGACAAAGAUGGAAAGAGAUAUACUUGUGGAAGUAAAUCAUCCAUUUAUUGUCAAAUUGCACUAUGCCUUUCAGACUGAAGGGAAGCUGUAUUUAAUACUGGAUUUUCUCAGGGGAGGAGAUGUCUUCACAAGAUUAUCCAAAGAAGUUCUGUUUACAGAGGAAGAUGUGAAAUUCUACCUUGCUGAAUUGGCCCUUGCUUUGGAUCAUCUGCAUCGAUUAGGGAUUGUAUAUAGAGACCUGAAGCCAGAAAACAUUUUGCUUGAUGAAAUAGGACAUAUCAAGUUAACAGAUUUUGGACUCAGCAAAGAGUCAGUAGAUCAAGAAAAGAAGGCUUACUCAUUUUGUGGUACAGUAGAGUAUAUGGCUCCUGAAGUAGUAAAUAGGAGAGGCCAUUCCCAGAGUGCUGAUUGGUGGUCAUAUGGUGUACUUAUGGUUCAGAAGGAGUUGAAGAAAUAAAAAGACACCUUUUUUUUGCAAAUAUUGACUGGAAUAAAUUAUAUAAAAGAGAAGUUCAACCUCCUUUCAAACCUGCUUCUGGAAAACCAGAUGAUACUUUUUGUUUUGAUCCUGAAUUUACUGCAAAAACACCUAAAGAUUCUCCUGGUUUACCAGCCAGUGCAAAUGCUCAUCAACUCUUCAAAGGAUUCAGCUUUGUUGCAACGUCUAUUGCAGAAGAAUAUAAAAUAACUCCUAUCACAAGUGCAAAUGUAUUACCAAUUGUUCAGAUAAAUGGAAAUGCUGCACAAUUUGGUGAAGUGUAUGAAUUGAAAGAGGAUAUCGGUGUUGGCUCCUAUUCCGUUUGCAAGCGAUGUGUACAUAAAACUACCAACAUGGAAUUUGCAGUGAAGAUCAUUGACAAAAGUAAACGAGACCCAUCAGAAGAAAUUGAGAUUCUGAUGCGCUAUGGACAGCAUCCAAACAUUAUUACUUUAAAGGAUGUCUUUGAUGAUGGUAGAUACAUAUACCUUGUUACAGAUUUGAUGAAAGGAGGAGAACUCCUGGAUCGUAUUCUCAAACAAAAAAGUUUCUCAGAACAGGAAGCUAGUGAUGUACUGUAUGUAAUAACUAAGACAGUUGACUAUCUUCAUUGUCAAGGAGUUGUUCAUCGUGAUCUUAAACCUAGUAAUAUUUUAUACAUGGAUGAAUCAGCCAAUGCAGAUUCAAUUAGGAUCUGUGAUUUUGGGUUUGCAAAACAGCUUCGAGGAGAAAAUGGACUUCUCUUAACUCCAUGCUACACUGCAAACUUUGUAGCACCUGAGGUUCUUAUGCAACAGGGAUAUGAUGCUGCUUGUGAUAUUUGGAGUUUAGGAGUCCUUUUUUACACGAUGUUGGCUGGCUACACUCCAUUUGCUAAUGGCCCCAAUGAUACUCCUGAAGAGAUACUACUGCGUAUAGGCAAUGGAAAGUUCUCCUUGAGUGGUGGAAACUGGGAUGGUAUUUCAGAUGGAGCAAAGGAUUUGCUUUCCCAUAUGCUUCAUGUGGACCCUCAUCAACGGUACACUACUGAGCAAAUAUUAAAGCACUCAUGGAUAACUCACAGUGAUCAGUUGCGGAAUGAUCAGCCAAAGAGAAGUGAUGCAUCACAUGCUGUUAAGGGAGCAGUGGUUGCCACAUUUUCUGCCCUGACUCACAAGACCUUUCAACCAGUUCUUGAGCCUGUUGCUGCUUCAAGCUUAGCUCAGAGACGGAGCAUGAAAAAGCGAACAUCAACUGGCCUGUAAGAUUGGUAGUGUUCCUCGGCCAAAACUGAUUGAAGAGAAAAUUAAUUGUGUGGCUUUUUGCCUAAUCUUAUAUCAAAGGCAUUGUUUUCUGCUACAUUACUUGAAUAUUUUAAAAAUCCCCUGUUAGGAGGAGUGAGAUUUUAAAAAAUAUAUAUACAGGUCCACAAUAUUCAUACUGUGUUAUUUUACAGUAGUGUUCAAAUAUUUAUUUAAAUCUACAGUUGGUGUCCAAAAAGUCCUAACAACUUCUCUACUAAACUACUAAAAUUAGUAGUUAGCACACUAACUACUAAAAUUCCUUUCAAAUAAAGUUACUGUAAUAAUUUUUCUGUUUUCAUAAAAUCAUGGUUUGGGGAAUCAUUACCAACCAUCACGAUACAUAUAUAAUAGUAUAAUGCCAAGCAAUGUCAGUAUUUUUUAAUAUCAGAUUCUGAAGGAUAGCCUUUUUUAAAAAAAGAAAAACAAAUUUAAAAUUAUUAUCGAAGCUUGUUAUUGUGUACAACCAAAGGAUUCCAUUCAUUUGAUUUUGUGAAGUUACUAAAUGUAGACAUAGUAGUUUGGUGGUAGAACAGAAUACAGUUGUGAUAAUAUAUGAAUUUCUGAUAUGGUUGGUGCCAACAUUUUUACAGAAGAAUCAAAUCAUGGAUAAUAUGUGCAGAAAGACCUGUAUAUUAUCCAUAAAUGGCCUCAUCUAGAAAUAAAGAUUUCCAUAAUGCUUUUGUACAUUUUACAUCUAAUGGAAUUGUAGUACAAGUAAAGAAUUUUUUAGCCAAUAUUAUAUUGGUGUUGUAAUCUUCUAAAUAGGUCAUAGCUAAGCCUUUGAAAAUGAAUUACAUGGUGUUGACACUGUCUUGGUGUUACGUAAACUGACUUUCAAGUUAACCAAUUGGAUUUAAUCAUCAUUUGUCCCCCUUUAUAAAUGAGCUACACUGUUGUUUUUCUGACUUCCAUGUGUUUUGAACUACAGUGUAGUAUAUUAAUCUACCUUGAAUCCUAUGGUAAUAUAGUUGGAAUUUUACUGUAGUGGACUUGUGUGCUUAGCACACAUGAUAUAAUGUAAUGUAUUUCAUUAAACUUUAGACAAUGCUACAUAAUAGUUAUACUUCAAGAAGAUAAAAUGCCGUUUUAAAUAGGAAGUAAUAUUACUGAUCUACAUAAAAUUUGAACACAUUUAAAAAUCAUAUUUAUUUUAAAAGAUCUGGCCAAACUGGUCUUAUUAUUAAAUUUAUGAUUCAGAACCACUAUGUAGUAUGUAUUGAUUUUCUAAAUGAUGAAAGAAUUGUUUUGUGUUGUUGAACAAAAUGCCAUUACUACUACUACUACUACUGACAGAAAGAAUUCAUGAAUGUAAACUGGAGGAUAUCACAGUUUUGUUUAGUGAAUAUAAAUGAACUACUUGUGAGUGCUAGGUGUACUGUUUGCUGUGUAUUUUAUUUUGUUUAGUUCAGAGAGAGAGUUGAUUACUGAGUAUACAAUUUAGGCUAGGAGACUUGUAACUUUGGUAUUUAAUAAAAGAAGCUAUACAUAUUCUCUUUUUAAUGUAAGUGAUCUAUAUACAUGCACAGAAGAUCUGUUUCCUGGGUGCGAUGUAUAAAAGUAUGUAUUCUUAUUUUGAGGUGUCAUUUUGAAAUAAUUGAAAUACAUUAAAGAACAUCUAAUUCCACAUGGAAGCAUUACUAAAAAUAUAUUGGUAUCAUAUUUUAUAACGUUUAGUUCUGAUUUGCCGUUUCUUUCCUCAUUUUGCUUUAUUACUGUAAGCACUUGCAUGUAACAAUUUAUGUGCAUAUAUUCUGAAUUAUUUUCUUCUUGUCACCUAGUUUAUGCUAUUAGGCUUUCUUUCUGUCAGAUUUGAAACAUCAUAUUCAGAGGUGUGAUUUUUUGGUGUUGAAUUUUUCAGGACAGAGAUACUAUUUCAGGACAGAGAUACUAUCUCUAUGUUUGCUUUUCUAUUGAUAAAAUUCGGGGAAGUGAAAAUAGAAAAUGAAAAAAAAAUCAUAAAGAAAUAAACCUUCAGGCUUUCCAUAAUCAAUGGUUUUAAAAAGCAGGUGAUCUUAGUUAAUUUUCAAUUAGCUUGCUCAGAAGGGUCAUGUCAUCUAUCCCUACUUGAAGGGGAUACUAUAAGAAUGAAACAAUGAAAAGCAUGAUUCUUCAUCACUUACUGAGGGUUAACAUUAUGUAAAAGACACAAGUAUGCUAGUGGAUGUGCCCAAUAGUUGUGAGUUUUCUGCUGAAAAAUUCAAGCUUGCUAACUUAACAACAGUAGUAGGAGGAAACCUUUUUGUAAGGGAAAGCUUUAAACUAUACCCUCAUUUUGUAGAAGGAGCCCAGAUAAGGAUGCCUAGUCAUUUCCAUUUUGGCUGAAACUCUGCAGCCACAAAUGCAGAUUUGAAUGGGGCAUUUUUUGAUGGAAUUUCUAUAGCUUAAUCAGUAAAAGCCAACCCUUUUCUAUAGGACUUCAGGAUACUGUGGUUUCUCAUGGAUUUGCAAACAAUUAUUUUGCAUUGUUUUUCUUUCUAGCUCAUAGUUACUGGUAGUAUUUAAAGAUAGCACAAUUUGAGGGUUUUUAUUGUUGUUCUAGACGGGAGAGUAUGUCAAACUAAUUUUUUAUCAAAGGGAAAACACCAUGUUUGUUCAGAUAGACUAACAAUCUAUUCUCCUAAAGCACAUAGUACCAUGAAUAAAUUCAGGAAACAAUUUGUAAAAAAAUGAGAAUGCAGUGCUGGUGACAGUAAUUUUGUGGGGAAAAAAUUACUUCAGCCCUUUCAUGAAGAUUAAGCUUAAGCCUAUUUUGCUAGAUCCAGUAAUGCCUAAAUAUUGCUUUUUUUGUAAUUUAUUGCCAUUGAUAAUUAAGCAUAGUAAAACAUUUUUGAAUGCACCUCUGGUUAGCUUGAAAGGAUUCCAUAUGUUCAGGUAUUCCACAAACUGAAGAACAGAUGCUUGAUGUUUGUAAGUUCUCUCCAUUGAAUAAAUGUUAAAAUAGUAGUAUCAACAGAACUUAUUCAUACACGUUGAAUAGUAUUUUCUUGACAGUAAGAGGCCCUUCAUAUAUGAAGAAGGAAAAUAACUACUUACCUUGGCCCCAAGACCCUCUGCAAAACUUAAGCUUUAAAGUAAGCAAAGUUUGCCUUUGGCAUUCUCCACAUUCGCUUUCUCCUGAUCUUCAAGCCCCCGAAUGCUCUCCUACUUGAGCACUCCUCCAUUAUGGGUUGCCAUGUACUAUAGAAGAACUCUGUGCUCCAAAAGGACCACUCUCUCUUCCAUUUGCCCAAACCAGGAAAGCUAUCUCAUUAAAUUAAUUCACAUUUUCUGUUAGUGGCUGGUGGCUAAUUAGUACUUUUCAAGAAAGAUACCCAUUAAUCAAACAAGUUUCUGGUUGCUGGAGUUGCAGGCAAUCUAACCAGAUGAGAAUAAUUUUAAUUUCAGUUAUUAUCAGGGAAGAUUUUGGGGGCAAAGAACUUACAUAGUAUGUCCCAGGGUCAGAUUAUCUAAUGGCUUCUUCCUUUUUUUGCAUAUUUCCUUCCUUUCUACCUAUUAUUUUACAUUUUCUCUUAAAAAUAUCUAAGCUUUUUAAUCACAAUGACCUCUUGUGGCACCAUGAUGUGGAAGAAGGCAGGGAUGGCAGUCAUUUCUGUGUAUGUUGUUUAGCCCAUAUUUGUCUAUAUUCUUAUUUCUCUGAGUACAUGACCUAUUGCGAGUUUUGUCCCUCCCCCAUUCCUAUUAUAUUGAUAAACAAAAGCACAGAACGGUUGAAUGAAAACUAUCCCUAGUCUUAAGUUUCUGGAUUCUUUGUUUAGAUUUGAGGACCUAGAGAUUAUAUUUAUCACAAUGUUAUUCAUCAGCAAGAAUGCAAGCAGGCCAUUUUAAGAGUAUCUUGACCAAGGGCAGUUAAAAUUUGCAAUAAUAUUUUAUAUUUCAAAGCCUAUUCAGGUGUUUUUUGUGUGUAUCACAAGAUCAGUGAUUGCUGGAAUUAGCAGAAUAAAUCAGUAAUGUGCUGCCUUCCUAUACAGGAGCGUAGUGGCAUUGCUAGUGACUUUUCAAAACAUACAUUAUACUCAUGAAUGCAUGGUUUCUGGCUUUUAGUCUUACAGUAUAGUGAAGUUCAUCAUAUAAUUUGAAUGAAAUGAUAAUGCUUAAUCACUUAAAAUUCAAUUUGGUUGCUAAUUCAUGGGGGAAUUAUAUUUGAAGUGUUAGUACUAAAUUAUAGACCUACAUUUCUUUGAAAUCUGAAAAAAAAAACAUAGAGGAAAAGUGCUUUUGGAAUAUAGAAAUUCAAUCCAGUCAUAUUAACCAAUUAUAUGCCUUUCAAUUAUUAACUAGCAAGAAAUUUUUAGCUUAGUGCUUGCAAAUAAAUACAUAUGUAAUUGGCAACUUAGGUUUUUUUUCUGUAUUCAUAUUUCUGAGCCCCAAAAAAUAGAGCUUCUUUGGAUGACCGUUUUGCUUUCCUUCUAGUUGUCUUCUUAUGGAAUCUAAUUUAUUCUUCAAAAGGUCGUUUUUUAAGCAUCUAACUUUGGCAGGUUUGUAACAUAUACAGUAGUUUCUUAAUUUUCAUAAUAUGAGUGAUUACAUUAUUUGCUUUUUUCUUUUAACUGAAAUUACUCAGGUCACAUUUGAUUUAUUUUUUAAAAUUUAUCUCUCUGACAUUGAUACCACUUACAGCAAAGAAACUGUUUUUUAGUAUAGUAAAAUUACUUUAAAAACAAAAAAGCAGUGUAGUAAGAAACAGCCAUUUUUAGGGUUAUACAUAAAAUCUUAACUAAAUGUCCAAAUGCCAGCAUGAUUUGGAAAUGAAAAUUUAUUUUGCAUUAAAUUCCUUAAACAAAAAAAGGUCGAAUGUGGUUUUUCUGUGUUUUUGUUGUUGUUGCUGUUAAACGGGAAAUAAUGUUGGUUGUAAGUUACAUAGGCUUUAUUCAGAGAAAGCAUAGUUUGCUAUAGCUACAUUAAAAGUUUGCCACCACUUCUCAAGCAUUUUUGAAUUUCUAAGCUUGUUUUCCAAUAUAGAAAUACCAUAGUUACUGGGAUUUCAUUGCACUUCUCAAGACAGAAAAGGCAUUAAUUAGAAGGCAUGUGUACGUUUUAUUUAUAUAUACUUAAAACCUUAAAAAAUACGAUUGAAGAAAUGGUCCCCAGUGUUCAGAUAACUGUCUUUUAUUUUUCAGACUAUGUUAUGGAAUUUAUACCAUCAUUUAUUUAUAAAUAUUUUCUCUAAAGCACUGUUCUUUUGACAUUAAAGUUUUCAUUCUUUGUACUGCACUUUUCAUCAUGUAAGACCAAAUCUAGUAGUGCAUUUUACAAUGUUUUUUUCCCUCACAGUGCUGCUAAAGACAUGGCUAUCAUUUUGAAUUUAAAACAUGCCAAAGAUGACAUAGAAAUUAUAUUUAUUUUUGUUCUUGUUAAAAACUCUGUGAGCAACAAUUAUCAAGAUACCAUGUUAAAUUACUGGCAUUCUCUGAGUACUAAAUAAAAAGGCUGCAACUUUCUAACAUUUUA